CGUCCACAGCUUGAUACUGCGUAAUAUAGGACGAAUAUGUGGUUAGGCAAAUUAACGUUCUAUCAGCUUAGUUUUUACUCUAUUGCAAAUAUAAUUUUAUUUAAAUAAACCGAUGGACAGUAGUUUCAGAAAUACAUAUUAUGUACACCGUGAAUUUUUUGAAAACAAUUAUAUACAUUCUUAUUCCGUAAUUUAUUAAAAGUCUAUUAUAAUGUUGAUAAUUUUAUUAUGUUUUCAUGACGUUUAUACGAACAAGUUUUAUUGUAAUUUAAUAUUAUUCGCGCAAAUAAUUAACAAAUCGGUGCAGUUACGUAUGUUAUAGGAACAAUAAUAAAAAAAUAAUCAACCCUUUCAAUAUAAAUAAAUGUGUCAUUUUAUAGGACUGAUUUGAAUGCACUUUAAUAAAAGCGAAAUAUCGUCAAUAACGUUUACAAAAUCUGAUGAAAUAAAUUACAAACUUAUUUUUAUCUUUUUAUUUUACAAUUUUUAGUUUUUUCAAAUAGUAGAUGGAAAUGUCAAAAGCGCGCAUACAAGUGUAUUGUUUUUGUAAUCAGCUGAUCAGUGCGGUGCGAUGUCUGGUUGGGUGAAAACGUAUACAGUGAGAUUUUUCACCUGGCACAAUGGGUGUUUACGGUCUAUGGCGUUUACUUGAUAAAACAGGAAAGCAGGUUCCUUUGGAAACACUUGAAGGAAAAGUGUUAGCUAUUGAUAUAUCAAUAUGGAUACAUCAAGUAUUACAGGGAUAUCAGGACCGUUUUGGUAAUCCUAAACCUAAUGCACAUCUAAUUGGUUUAUUCUAUAGAAUAUGCAAACUCUUGUAUUACAGAAUCAAACCAGUUUUUGUAUUUGAUGGAGGUGUGCCAAUGCUCAAAAAGGACACAAUUGCUUUACGCAGGAAGCAGAAAUCUAUGGCCAAGAAUAAAGCCCAACAGAUGAGGACAGAAUUAAUAAAUAAUUUGAUAAAGCAUUCUGCUGUGAAAACCGUUCUCAAUCCAGGGAGUGAAGAUAGUACAAUUGGCCCUUCUGAAAUAGUUAUAAACUUGCAAAAUAAGCAACCUGAGGAUGAUAUCUUCAAAUUACCAGACGAACCAAGCACCAGUAAAACACAAUUAAGUCUUAGCGAUGAUUACGAUUCCGAUUCGUCUGUUGAGCUGAGUCCUCGUAAACAAACAAAAUGGAUCGGAAACAUUCAUAACGUGGAUGUGAGCAGUGCCGAAUUCAAGGCUUUACCUGCCGAUAUGCGCUAUGAAAUCCUGACCGAUCUCAAGGAAACUAGGAAGCAAAAUUCAUGGGGUAGAUUGCACGAAAUGCCCGAGGAAUCACACGAAUUUUCUGGUUAUCAAAUGAAACGUUUGUUGAAACGUCGAUUAGUCCAACAAAGUUUAGAAUCUGCAGAAAAGGAAAUGGGUGGGAAAACACUUACAUUGGACGAAUUAGAUAAAUUAUUAAAAGAACAGGGUAUAAAUACUACUGGUCAGAACUGUACUUAUCGUGUUGCUUCGGACAGUACAACUAGACUAAUUUAUAUCAGUGAUAAAAAUGCGUAUAUUAAAAACAAUACCAAUGAUGUUAAUUCAAAUGAUGAGAGCGAUACAAGUAACACGGAUAAAAUUGAUACAAAUAGUACGGAUCAAAGCGAUACGAAUGACACGGGUAAAAUCAAUACAAAUAAUAUAGAUAAGAUCGAUACAAGUAAUGCUAACAAAAUCGAUGAAGUUGUAGCUAGUUGUAGUAAAACUGUAUCAAUUUGUGAUGAUAUGAAUGAAUACGAACUUAGCGAUGAAUGGGACAACGAUAUUGAAAUAACGAUGGAAACGACCAGCAAUACGGAAUCGGAAGUAGAUUUGAACGAAUCGCGACCAUUACCGAAAAAAUAUUUUGGUAAAAAUGUUGCGAAUCCUGCUUUGACGUACAUGUUAGAGUAUAGUGGAUUACCGGAAAAACAAAUUCUUCAUCUUCUUGAACAGAAUAAACAGGACAAUCAUAAAAAAUGUACUAAUGCAUUUGCAAUAGUAGACUUGGAGAAAAAAGAUAAUUUAUUAAAUAUGCAAUGUUUAACCUCGAUAACCGAAGAUAAAGAAGAGAAUGCAAAACAUGAUUCUACAGAGAUUGUAAAAUCACUUGAUACACCGAGUACAGAAUUAUCUAAUUCAAACACAGAAAUGAAUAUCAACCUUCCAUCAGUGAUGAUAUCAAAUAUUGCAAAUAAAUCCGAAGUUAAGUCAAUAGAAGUAACUAUAAUUAAUUCUACGGAUUCAGAUACGGAUGAUUUUAUAGAGAUAGAUGAUAAAUCAGUGUCAGACAUGGAUACUAGUAUUAAUAAAAGCACUUCACCCGGAGGGAUUGAAAUACAAUUUAAAUCCGAUGAAAAAAUCGAAAAUGAUAUGUUUGCUGAUAUAUUUGAGACGCCAAACAGUGAACCGAAUACGAAAAUAGAUUCGCAAGAAUUAUUAUUUAACAAAAUACUUGAAAAAUCGAGGAACAAAUUGUUCAACGAACGAGAAACAACCUUGAAUUCAAUGGAAGACCAAAAUAAAGACAAACAGUUGCCCGAUAUCACAAAAAUGAAUGAUGUCGAUGUACAACCCAUGAAAAAUGAUACUAAUGGUACAAAUGUAAAUGUACAAUUAGAAAAAAAUCAAAUAGAGGAGACAAAUGAUAUGGAACAUACAAGUGAGUUUAAAACGGAUAGUGCGCAAGAUAAUACAGAUGAAUCUGUACUAACCAAUGUAACAGAGAAAACAAGCCCUAUACCUUUGAACGAAGACGACUUAUUAUCCUUAAAGGGACGUCUAGAGGAUGAGCAAACUGAAUUAAUGGCAAAUAUCGGUAAAUUAGAGAGGCAGGGAAUCGACAUUUCUGAUCGCAUACGGACCGAAGCUCAGGAAUUGUUACGAUUAUUUGGAAUACCAUACAUUGUGGCGCCUAUGGAAGCAGAGGCACAAUGCGCAUACUUGGAACAAAUCCAGCUCACCGAUGGUACAAUCACAGACGAUUCGGAUAUUUGGCUAUUUGGAGGACAGUGCGUUUAUAAAAAUUUUUUCAAUAAUAAUAAAAAAGUCCUUCAGUUUUGUUCAGGCGACAUACAGCAUCAUUUUAAAUUGACCCGAAACGAAAUGAUACGACUUGCGCUUUUAGUCGGUAGCGAUUAUACUACAGGUUUAAGCGGCAUUGGACCUGUUACUGCCUUAGAAGUAUUAGCAGCGUUUCCAUCAGGAGGUGACGACCUAUUGCAGGGUUUAACAGACUUCUGUUCGUGGGUGGAAACUGGUAAAGUCGCAGCUCCCGGGAAAGCGGGUUUACGAAACAAACUGCAAAACUUAAAAAUUCAUAAAGGAUUUCCGAGCCAGGCUGUGGUACAGGCAUAUCUUUUCCCAAAAAUAGACGAUUCGAAAGAAUGUUUCACUUGGGGUAAACCUAACAUGGUACUGUUAUACGACUAUACGAAAAGAAAAUUUGCUUGGGACAAAAGCAAAUUCAAUGCAAUUAUGACACCGGUUUUGAAAAGAUUAGAAGAAAAGAAAACUCAAAAAUUAAUAGACAUGUAUUUCAAAUUGCAAACCGUUCCACAGUCGAUUGAGAUGACUCUGAGUAAACGAGUACAGAAAGCUGUGCAAAAAUUAAACAACGCAGAGAACCCAGAGAAUCCAGAAAAGCCGGAAACUACAGAGGAUACUCGACAAGAAGCCCCGAAACGGAAGUUGAAAGCUUUGAAUGAAAGUCGAAAGAAAAAGAGGAGCGAACCAUGUGACGAUGAUUCCAAUAAACCUGAGAUUAGUCACGUUGCAGUUAACAACGAUAAAAAUGUCGAAGAAUAUAUACCGCAAAGAGAAAAGGAUAAGGCGAAUGCUUUGAAGAAAAAAUUACACGCGAUCGAAGUACUUAGAAAAUCAAAACAAGGAUUAUACAAAACCAAAAAGAUAAAACGUUGCGUAAGAAAAGUGAAAAAGGAAGCUGAACUUUCUGAAAGUGAUAGUUCGUAAAUCAUUUAAUAUAAUAUUAUACACGAUAAAAAUUAGCCAUCAGAUUCUCGUAUCGAUGACAUUUGAUGAGUAUGUUAAUACAAACGUGUAAAGAUCAAGCAGCGGUAUGAAGUAUACUCAAAGUAUUACAUUUAUUUAUAGAUCUCUUGUUUUAAAUACAUUAUUUUUUUUUAUAA